AUGGCGAUGGAAGGUGAAGACAUCAAAUCACAUUUGUUUAAACUAUUCUCUACCGACCGGGAUCUAAUAUCUAAGAUUGCUGAAGCGCUUUCCAGCACAAUUGUGGACCUCAUUAUUAAAUCCGAGGAAUUUAUAAAUGUUGUGACGGAAAAACUCGUCAAAGACGAAAAUAUAAUUGAAUCCAUUGUAAAUAAAAUCGGUGAGUCAGCCAAGCAAGAAGUCUACAAAAGUCUAUCUUAUGACCAGAAAUGCCUAGAGGAUAAGUACUCCGAACUUAACGCGAAACUUGAAAAAUUGGUGGCUGAUCUUGAAAAAAAUCGGCUCCAACAGAUUGAUUAA